CGUAUCAUUAACAUCUUCUUAUGUAUUGACAUUGAACUUCAAACAAUAGAAAAGACUCAGCCUUUAGUUCAGGGGCACCUCUUCAGGGACAGCAUCUAAUGCCAAUAAUUUUACGGAAAACUUAAAAAAUUGCAUUUUGUUUUUGUGUCCUCUCAUAAUAAGCUUAUCUGAUGAUUUAUAUUUUUCAUGUAUGUCAGGAAGAACGAUUGUUGGGACACCUGAUGAAGAAACCAUGGAUAAUAUCUCAAAAAAACCCUCUCAAAUAGUGGGAGUCGUGUUUAAUGAUACUUUCUCAUAUCAGCCGAAGUUUAAUUGGGGAUAUAGAAUUCCAAUUAUAAAGGAACACUCUGAAUACUCAGAACACUGUUGGGCUACAUAUGAUGAAAUUUUUUGUUACUUGACAACAUACUGGACAAAUAGGUUUGUGACUUUUCAAACUGCAAUUAAUGCUGCAAUUAUAGAAGUCACAACAAAUCACUCUGUGAUGGAGAAGCUAACAUCAGUUAUUAGAAUAAAUAUGAGGAUACUACCUUUCAUUACUAUGAGAGGAAAUAUAUAUGAAUUGUUUGUUUUUAUAUGUGUAAUUUCUUUCUCCCUUUUUGUAUACUUUACAUCAUUAAAUGUUACAAGGGAAAGGAAAAAACUAAAGAAACUGAUGACAGUGAUGGGUCUCCGAGAGUCAGCCUUCUGGCUAUCCUGAGGAUUGAUGUAUGCUGGCUUCAUCUUUAUUAUGUCUACUUUUAUGGCUCUGGUCAUAACAUAUGUCCAAAUUAUAGUUAUUACUGGCUUCUUGGUGAUUUUCACACUCUACUUAUAUGGCCUAUCUUUGAUAGCACUGGCUUUCCUCUUGAGCGUGUUAAUAAAAAAGCCUAUCCUCACCGGCUUAGCUGGGUUUCUCUUUACCAUCUUCUGGGGAUGUCUGGGAUACACUGCAUUGUACAGACAGCUUCCUUCAUCUGUGGAGUGGGUUUUAGGGCUUUUUAGCCCUUCUUCUUUCACUGCUGGAUUGUCCCAGAUUACACACCUGGGUUAUUACUUGAGUGGUAUUAUUUUCCCUGAUCCCUCUGGAGACUGAUACAUAAUGAUAGCCACUUUCUUUAUUUUGGCAUUUGAUACUCUUCUCUAUUUGACAUUAGCAUUGUAUUUCGAGUGAAUUUUGCCUGAUGAAGAUGGACACCGCCAGUCACCACUGUUUUUCCUGAAGUCUUCGUUUUGGUCCCAACAUCAAAAUCCUCAUCAGGAAGUCUAUGAGAAUGAAAUAAAUCCUGUGUACUCUGAUGACUCUUUUGAACCAGUGUCUCCAGAGUUCCAUGGAAAAGAAUCCAUCAGAAUCAGAAAUGUUAAAAAGGAAUAUAAUGGAAAAUCGGGAAAAGUAGAAGCACUCCAAGCAGGCAUAUUUCUUGACAUAUAUGAAGGACAGGUCACUGCAAUACUUGGACACAGUGGAGCUGGUAAAUCAACACUGCUAAACAUUCUAAAUGGGUUGUCUGUUUCUACAGAAGGAUCAGUCACUAUUUAUAAUACCAAACUCUCUCUAAUAACUAACACGGAAGAAAUCAGAAAGAACAUUGGAUUUUGUCCACAAUUCAAUAUUCAAUUUGACUUUCUCACGAGAGAAAACCUCAGACUGUUUGCUAAAAUAAGAGGGAUUCAGCCAAAGGAAGUAGAACAAGAGGUAAAAAGAAUUAUAAUGGAGUUAGACAUACAAAACAUUCAAAAUGUCAUUGCUAAAGAUUUAAGUGGUGAACAGAAGAGAAAGUUGACAUUUGGGAUAGCGCUUUUAGGAGAUCCUCAGGUUUUGCUACUGGAUGAACCAACUGCUGGAUUAGAUCCCUUCUCGAGGCACCAAGUGUGGAACCUCCUGAAGGAGCAAAAAUCAGACCAUGUGAUCCUCUUCAGUACCCAGUUCGUGGAUGAGGCUGAUACAUUGGCCGAUAGAUAAGUGCUUCUGUCUAAUGGGAAGUUGAAAUGUUCAGGAUCAUCACUGUUUCUGAAGUGAAAAUGGGGAACUGGAUAUCAUCUAAGUUUACACAGGAAUGAAAUGUGUGAUCCACAAAGAAACACAUCUCUCAUUAAACAACACAUCCCUGAAGCCAAAUUGAGAGCUGAGAGUGAAGAGAAGCUUGUGUAUACUUUACCCUUGGAAAGGACAAACACAUUUUCAGAUCUUUAUAGUGACCUUGAUAAGUGUUCUGACCAGGGCAUAAUGAAUUAUGAUGUUUCCAUGACAACUCUGAAUGAAGUAUUCUUGAACCUAGAAGGAAAGUCAACAGUUUAUGAGCCGGAUUUUGGCAUUUGGAAACGAGAAAAAAUAGACCUCACAAGAGAUACUGAAAAUAAGUCUGAAAUGCAACAGGCUCUUUCUUCUCUUCCUGGAAUGAGAAAAGCCAUCAGUGAUGGAACUCUCUGGAGAAGAUAGGUCUGUGCCAUGGCAAGACUUCGCUCCUUAAAAUUAAGGCAUCAGAGGAAAUGUCUUUUGUUUUUGUUUCUGUUAUUUUCAAUUGUGUUUAUUCCUGUCAUUUUGGAAAAGGUAGUGUAUAAAGUAUACCGUCAGGCUCAUCAUUGGGAAUUUUCACCCACUAUGUAUUUCCUUUCUCUGGAACAACUUCCACAGGCUCCUCUUACCAGCAUAUUAAUCAUCAAUAACACAGGAUCAAAUAUUGAAGACUUUGUGCAUUCACUAAAGCAUCAGAAUAUAGUUUUAGAAGUAGAUGACUUUGAAAAUAGAAAUGGCUCAGACGAUCCUUCGUACAAUGGAGCCAUCAUAGUGUCUGGUGAUAAGAAGGAUUACAGAUUUUCAGUUGCACGUAAUACCAAGAGAAUGAAUUGUUUUCCUGUUCUUAUGGGAAUUGUUAGCAAUGCCCUUCUUGGAAUUUUUAACUCUACAGGGCAUAUUCAAAUGGAGAGAAGUGCGUUCCCUCUUGAUGACGUAAAGCUGGGAAUUGGCAUUUUGGAUAGGUCGAUAUUUUUGUUGGUGGUGGCAAACUGCAUUUCUCCUUACAUUGGCAUGAGCAGCAUCAGUGAUUACAAAAGAAAAGCUCAAUCCCAGUUGAGGAUUUCAGGCCUCUACCCUUCAGCAUACUGGUGCGGACAAGCUCUGGUGGACAUCCCAUUACACUAUUUGAUACUCCUUUCAAUAUUUUUAAUUCAGUACUUCAUAUUUUCAGAAAACACAAUUUCAAGGGGACUCAUAUUUGCUCUUGUAGUUUGCAUAUUUGGUUGUGUAGCUUCUCUUAUAUUCCUCACAUACGUGAUUUCAUUCAUUUUUUGCAAGGCGAGAAAAAAUAAUGGCCUCUGGUCUUUUGGCUUUUUUAUUAUCUCAGUAGUUAUACUCAUCUCCAUGGUAGCAGAUCGUUGGGGAAAUCCCAGCAUAAUUUCAUGCAUGAUUUUAAUACCUUCCUACACUUUUAUUGGAUUUUUCAUGUAUUUGAUAGAGCUCUCCUUUAUCGAUAUGAGCAACACUGAACAUCUGAACAAUGGAAUAAAUGAAGUCAAUGAAACUAUUCUCUUAACAAUCUUAAUUCCAUACCUUCAGAGUUUCGUUUUCCUUUUUAUUAUAAGAUGUCUGGAAAUGAACUGUCGAAGUGAAACAAUGAGGAAAGAUUCAGUUUUCAGAAUCUCUCCAAGAAGUAGGGAAGCUCAUCCAAAUUCAGAGGAGCCAGAAGAGGAUGAAGAUGUUCACACUGAAAGAGUGCAAACAGCAAAUGCACUCACUUCUCCAAACUUGGAUGAGAACCCAGUCAUAAUGGCAAGCUGUUUACAUAAAGAAUAUAAAGAGAAGAAGAAAAGGUGCUUUUCAGCAAGAAAAAAGAAAAUAGCCAUUAGAAAUGUUUCCUUCUGUGUUAAAAAAGGUGAAGUUUUGGGGUUGCUGGGACACAACGGAGCUCGUAAAAGUACUUCUAUUAAAGUGAUAACUGGGGACACAAAGCCAACUGCAGGAGUGGUGGUUUUACAGGGCAGCAGAGCAUCAGCAAACCCACAAGAAGACAACACCCUCCGGUUCCUGGGCUGCUGUCCUCAGGAGAACUCACUGUGGCCCACCCUUAUGACGAGAGCGCUGGAGUUGUAUGCCACGGUGAAAGGACUAGGCACAGAGGGUGCUGCUCUCAGCAUUUCACGAUUGGUGGAUGCGUUCAAGCUGCAGGACCAGCUGAAGGUGCCCAUGAAGACCUUGUCAGAGGGGAUAAAGAGGAAGCUGUGCUUCGUGCUGAGCAUCCUGGGGGUCCCGGAGGUGGUACUUCUGGACGAGCCGUCCACGGGGAUGGACCCUCAAGGGCAGCAGCAGAUGUGGCAGGCAAUUCAGACCAUUGUCAAAAGAGGAGCCCUCCUGACCACACACUACAUGGCCGAGGCCGAGGCCGUGUGCGACUGCGUGGCCAUCAUGGUGUCAGGCAAGCUAAGGUGUAUUGGUUCCAUUCAGCAUCUGAAAAGCAAGUUUGGUAAAGAUUAUUUACUAGAAAUAAAAAUGAAAGAACCCACUCAAGUCGAGCCCCUCCACAUGGAGAUUCUGACUUUUCCACAGGCUGCUUGGCAGGAAAGGUGUUCCUCAUUGAUGGCAUAUAAGUUGCCUUUGGAUGAUGUUCACCCUCUAUCUCAGGCCUUUUUCAAAUUAGAGGCAGUGAAACAGACCUUCAACUUGGAAGAAUACAGCCUCUCUCAGGCUACCUUGGAACAGGUGUUCUUAGAACUCUCUAAACAGCAGGAGCUUGGAAAUUUUGAUGAUGAAAUUGAAGCAACAGUUAGAUGGAAACUCCUUCCACGGGAAGAGCCUUAAAACUCUCAAUCUCCUAACGUCUGAUUUUAGGUCCUAUUUCAUUGUUAGUCUCCAUAAUUGUAGAAGAAUUUUCCAUAUUACUUCAGUUAACAAACACCAAAAAAAAAAAAAAUCAGUUAGUUUAAACAUUCAAUAAUAAAGAAAGUUUAAAUUUUUUUUUAUUAUUA